ACUAUUCGUGGUCUAUAGUCGGAAUUUAAAGUUCUGGAGCAACUCUAGAACUUGCAGUGCAGAACAAAAAUGACAGCUGUCAAUUUUUGGAUAAUUUUACCCACGGUCGAGUAUUGUAAUGUGAAGUUCGAGAGCAACUUGAAUUAUUUAACUUUGCCUUGUGUAAAGAUUCUGAAAAUCUCAAGCUGCUGAGAUGAGGAUUAAUGACAUCUGACAACUUUGGGAUAAUUUUAUCUGCGGUCCAGUAUUGGAAUGUGAAGUUCAAGAGCAACUAGACUAGUCGGUAAAUAGAUUCUGAAAAUCUCAACUUAAUGCUGAGGUGAGCAUUAAUGACAUCUGUUCACAUCUGAGCAUUGUCCAGUAUUGGACUGUGAAGUUCGAGAGCAACUUGAAAUAUCUCACCUUGCUGAGGUGAACAUUAAUGACAUCUGUCAACUUCGGGAUAAUUUUAUCUGCCGACUGUCAACGGAAUGCGAUAUCCCGAAACAACGCGUAUUGUUGGUUCUCUCUCUCUCGCUCUUGCUGGAGCUAUUGCCAGACAUCCCAGAGAGUUUCAUAGUAAUUAAAAUAUUGAAAUUAAAUCUUGUAACGACCCGUUUUGGAUAUCGGAUAUAAAAGAGCAAAAAGAGAGGUUCUUAAAUUAACAGCCUAUCAGCUUCAAUUUAAAUCAGAUCAAACCACAAACCAUCAACGUCAGCGUGCAUAGUACUAGCGAUAGUAGCGAGCAGAGUGACGGCUGAACACGGACAAUAAAUCGGGCUGUUUUGUUCAACAGCUAGCCAAUUAUUCGUUUUUUUUUUCCUUUUCGGUUGUUGCCGGGCACAUGUUUAUUCUCCACUUACUCACAUUACAUUAAUAUUUACCAUCGCUGCCGAACCAGGCAGCACCCGCCCAAGCCAAAAACCCCGACAGUUGGCUUCAAUCCAAUAAAAAAGGCAGCAUACGGUGCCGGGACCCGGGGACCUCGUGCAGCAUCCAUCCAUCCAUCCACCGAGCGUAGUUCAAUUAAGAUCAAAUUAAUUAUCAAGAGUUUCAUUUGAUUCUACAGUUUGCUCCGGAUCGUGUGGAUACGAGUGUGUCUGCGUGUUUGUGUAGUUGGUUUUUGUUCUCGCCCACUCAUGUGCAAUUCAUUAUUCAUGCCAACUGCUUGCAAAACACACUGGCCACUGGCGUCGUUCUUUUUCGUCCGGUGCGAAGUUAAGCACCGGCAGGAGGCCAUCUUCCACCCCCGGGCUAACGCAUGGCCUUAAAAUCCGGGUCACCGAUCCUACCGGCGGUGGAUCAAAGCGUAGGGUGGUGCAGUUAAGCCCGUUGGCGGAAGGUUUGCCGUCAGUCAUGACCUCCGAUCGUGCGAGUCCUGGCUCAGCAGUGAUCCUUUUGCCAGCUCGAAAAUUGGACGACAAACUGAAGUGUUGAAACAAAAAAAAAAAAAAAAAAAACGAAAAGCAAGACUCUCUGCCACCGUCGAAACAUGUGUACAGUGUAGGGUCGAAAUGUUCGGGUUCGGAAAAUUGGUGGUAAACUGUUGAGUCGUUGAGGCCUUGUGCCUUGGUUUCUGUAGCAGGUGCUGCCGGAGGAAGGGGGCUCCAUUUUGUUGCUGCUCGUGGUGCCCAGCAGUGUCCAGCCCGGAGUAGAUGUGCUCUGUGUAGAUGUGUGCAACCGGAUGAGGCAAUGAGCGACUCCACGCGGCACGGAGUGUUGGCCCGUCCGAAAGAGUGCGGACGGUGUGGACCAUCGGUGAAGGUGUUGGUGAUGGUUGGUGAAAGUGUUUCUAUCAUCUAGAGGACAAGAACAAAUAUUUACCCUUCGCCAGCGACCUCGAGCGCUUUAGUGUGUGUGUGUGUGUCUCGUGAAGACUGUGAGAGCGAGUGAGAGAGCGAGAGACCCUGGAAAACGUUCUGAGCCGGGUUGCAGCAAUUUGGGCGUUCUGUUCACACCGGAUCUCGCACCAAAAGCGGAAACAGUUUGCGAAACGGUCGUGCUUUCCAGCACCGGCACGUACGUUCUACACCCUGGAUGAGUGAAACACCCUUCCCUCUCUGCAGCCCCCACCUCUCUCCGCCAAGCUCACCCGUUCACCAUGCCCGGCCAGUGCGACUCGGCAAGGGUCAGAGUGUCGAUCACGAAGCAGCGCAACGGACAGUCAAAAAGCAAAACUAACACCCUGGCCCAACCCCACAGCAUUAGUGAACAUGCAUUAAGUGGUGUGCUGCUGUGACUCUGUUACGGUUCUAGAGUCUCGUAGUAUCCGUCGGUGGACUCUGGUGUGCAAGUGAUUGAAACUAAGGCACGUGGACGCUGGAGCAGCAACCGAACGUUCCGAACGGGGCAAACGAAAACGAACAAGCAAAAAAAGAAAAACCAGAACGGGAACUUCCCACCCCAUACCCCCCCGUCCACGGCAUCUAUCCCGCUUCCAACGCCCCAACUCCGGGAACCAUUCUUCCGUUGGUUUCGGGAAAAAAGGGGGGUCCCUACAUUACACGGACACACGGAGCAGCGACGUGAGCAGAAGUGAAAAUGUUAUGUGCUCAGUUUAAAAUCGUCCUUUGCCUUAUACAGCUGCUGGCAAUGAAAGUGUCCCACAGCGUGCUCGGGCUGGAGAGUGUCCACAUACAGGUGCCGGUAGCGGUACUGGUCGGUACGAGUGCGACGCUGGUCUGCGAGUGUGACCUACCGGACGAGGAUCUCUACUCGGUCAAGUGGUACAAGGGCAAGCACGAGUUUUUUCGCUACACCUCCAAAGAGAUACCGUCGAUUAAAAUCUUCCCCAAGGCGGGCAUCAGUGUGAAUGUAAACCUAUCGAACGCGAGCCACCUGGUGCUGGUGAACGUGGAACCACAGAGCAGUGGCAAGUAUAGCUGCGAAAUCACCGAGGCAGCACCCUCGUUCCACACGAAGAUUGCCACGCGCACGAUGAACGUGGUCGAUCUGCCCACCGGCGAGCCGCAGAUCGUGGACAUGAAGUCCUACUACGGUGCGGAAGAAUUCCUGGAGGUUGAGUGCCGUGCCGGCCCAUCGUUGCCCGCACCGAAGCUCGAGUGGUUCGUGAACGAUCUGCCGGUGCGGCAACCGCUGCAAGCACCUUCCCGGUUGGAGUUCGCGACCCAGCCGACCAGCAGUAGCAAACCUAGCAGUAGCGGUAGUAGGAAAAAACAAUCAGCCAAGUCUUCCUUGCACCAGCCAUCAACGGUGCCGUCCACCGGUGAGCUGGAGUCGCGCGAAAACGAUCUCGAGGACGGCACCGCCCGUGGCGGCCCGUCAUCGACCACCGGCAGGCCACUGGCCGGGGUCGCCGGCAGCACCACGACCCAGGACCCACCGCCAACCACCGGCAACGGCACAUCCGGCGAGCAACGGAAAGGUGCCGGACGGUACGAGCUUUCCGUGUCCCGACUGAAGCUGCUGCUCGAGCACGGACACUUCCACAACGGCAAGCUAAAGGUGGAGUGUGCUGCCCACAUCUUCGACCUGUACCGGCACUCGACGGUAGCUGUGGCAGACGAGAACUAUCCCCAGGUGCGCGUGCUCUCCAACAGCGAUAAUGGUGUACACUUUUCCUUCAUGAGCGACAAGGACGAAGCGUCAUCUUCGGCCUCUGCGUCCAGUUCGGUGUUGGCAGUCCUGUAUCCAGGGACGUUGGUGCGUCUGUUCGAUGCUGCCGGUGGCUGGUUGUUUGCGACCGUUCCACGCUAUCUGGAGAAGGUGGACCGAGAUGGAGAUUCGAUAGCGAUUGUGGACACUGGACAGACGACCGGUGCUGAUAAAAUUGGUGCGAUUGUGGCGCGCUAUACUUCGGCCACCGUUGGCCGUUGCCUGACACAGCUGACUGGGUGGUUCUUUUAAGGCUUGGACAUCACCUUGGACGUUAGCAGGCUCGUCCGUACGCGCUCCGUGUAGACGUUUAUGCUUACCCCUUCCUCCAUAACCCCACAUUCCCCCCCCCGCCCCCUUAUCUCCUCUGUACACAUCAGAAUCAUUCCAAAGUUUGCCAACGAAAUUUGCUGAAACGAAUUUAUUCGCACCCAACGCUUGGUUGUGCAACAGUGUAUAAUUGCUAGGUGUAGCUAGUAGGAUGUGCCACACAGCUCCUUGGCUGCACUCUCCUCCGUCUGCCAAACCCUCAUUCACCCUCAGCCCCCCUUAUCCAGUGACGGGAGAAAUGACCAAAACCAAGCCGAGCAGCGAAACGGGUAAAGUGAUUCUCAAACUCCCGGCUAGUUAAAUAGUUACCAAUUCCCAAUGUCACCAUGUGACACCCACCGUGGCACGAUGAAAGUGAGUCGUCGCUCACUGCACCUUCAACCCGGGAAAGACGCUCGCACACGUCUGUUGUAGUGUGUACUGCUCGUUAUCGGACGGCUAAGGGUUGUGUGGUUCCGUGUUCGACGUUCAUGCGCGCUCGAAGCAAUUAGUUCCGGUACCGGGGAUGAUUUUUCGUCUAAAGCUCCUCAGCACGAGUCCCCUUCCUCCCCCCCCACCACCUCGACGUCACUCCACCUUCCAGCGUGAAACACGGUGAAACGUUCGCCAAAAGGUAAAAUAUUAAAUGGAGCGAUAAAACUGGCAAAAGCUAAAGCUUUCCCCGACGCUUUCCCAAUAGUGGGAGGAAAAAGGCACGAGCACGAAGAAGCGAAUAAAUUAAAUUCAUACAUUGCCCGCCCCCUUCCCCUUUCAACUUCCUCUCCCCCCCCUCCUCAUCAAACUUCUCUCCCCGAAUACGACUGAGCCGGAGUAGGUUGGAUUUGUUGUGCUUGGGAAAUGUGUGACUGUGUGGCUGUGUGAUUCAGAGAGUGUAUUUGUAUAUGUGUGUGUGUGUGUGGGUAGGGUACGCACGUGCCCAUGUUAGUAGAUGGAGUGCCCGUGUUUGGGUCAUGUUGUAAUUUAAAUAACGUUAGCAAAUGCAACUAAAUCGCUCCCUUCUCACUCUCUCACCGAAUCUGUGGGAGGGUUUGGUGAUGCAUUGUAUAAAGCGGAUUUUCCUACCAUUAUUUCCCCCACUAAUUCCAUCCCCCUCAUGCCCCCCCCACUCCCCAAAUAUAGCAAAUAACUCGAAGUAAAAUGAGCAACGAAGAUCGGGCGAGCUGUAGAACCAGGUACGGUGUGUGACAGAUAAAGAGGAAAACGACCCAGCUUUCAAUCCGUUAAGCCAACUGUUCUGUUUUGUUAGUUUGGGGUUGGGUUUUGUUGCAUUUUCCUUCAUCACAAAUAUUUGGUUUCGAUCUAUAUGAUGGGAUUGAUGAGCAGACUUUUUGAGGGAGAACUUUGCAAUCAUAUAAUGGAAUCUUGCAAACCGUAAGGAGAAAUUUGCAACACUGCUGUGGAGCUUGGCAAUCAGUUUUGCUUUAAGGAAGCGAAAGAAAACUAACUUUGGCGUUCAUCCCUUUAAAAUUUCAAUGAUGUUAUGUGGUGAUGUAAACAAAUGAUUGAAUUACAUUUCGUAGGUUUGACAGUUUUGACAGGAUUUGUCCAAAAACUGAUUCCAAAGUUCCAUAGCCGAGCUGCAAAUCUUCUUUGGAUAUAAAACCCUCGAGAGCUCCUUCUUUGCCAUAUCUAGCUUUCUUGACUUCAUGGGAGAUGAUUCGGAUGGGAUUAGAUACCCGUACCAGGGGGACUAGCCCUAAUUCCACUAUCCAUCUGAAACAUUCCCGAUUCGUUACUCAACGACUCCAUUAUAUGGAUGGAAACCCUGUAGAUGUGGUAAAUACCCACCACAGAUAGCCCCUGUUGGAAACUGCAUUUGCCGAAAGAGCUUAAAUAAGGUGGAAGCGUUUUGUGAAUUGCAUACCUUUAGGCUUACCAAAAACAAUCCAAUGCUUUCGGUGCGCCUAAAAGUAUGCAAUAUAGCUGCUCAGAGGUCUUUUAUGAGCAAAGAUAGCCCCGACGAGUGAGAAGAGAGCGAAACCUUCCAGAAGAUUAUGUGUUGCGCAUUGCAUACGUUCAGGCUGUAAUUGUGUUAAACACCUUGUUUUGGGCGUAGUUUGGUGACGUUUUCCUUUAGUAAAAAAAUAUUGCAAAGCAAUUUUUUUUUGCUUUUCCAAAGCGCGCGUGAGUGAGAGAAAGAACAAAAAAAGCUGAAGCAUUCGGGUUGGGGUAUGUGUCACACGCUGUUGGUAGUGGUGGUAGUAAGUUAAGAUUAAAUUUAAAAUAAAACCAAAACAACACAGAAUAACGACAGUAACGGUGAGUGAGGUGUAGACGGCAGAUAGUCUAUUUCAAGAGUGUGUGUGUGCGUGAGAGAGAGAGAGAGAGAGAGAGCAAUCGGCCCAAUCCAAAGGAUUCGGUAAGCAAGUAGGUAGGAGUGAGCAAGGUACGAAAAGAUAUAGAAAUGGAAGAAGCAAAUUAAGGUAAACAAAUUUACAUGUAAAAAUAAAAACCCUAAAAACGCACACACACACACACACACACACACACAUACAAAGCACCCACGUAUCCAUUAAGAAGAAUUAGAUCCUGCCACUACUCCUUUACCACCGCUCCUUCCCCCGUCAUCCGACGUCUACGAGACGGACGUGAGCGCGCGUUUGAGUGUGUGUAUUGUUUAUGUGUGUGUGUGUGGGACGGGUAGUGUUAUCCGAAGAGAAACCAGAAACAACUACAAAUAAAAAUCGAAGCCAUGAUAAGGCUAUUAUGUUUUUUAAAAAA